GUUCGGCCUCUCAGGCAGCAGCAAUGGCGCCGCCGCCUCCGAAUCGACCCUACAAGCGCCCCGCCAUCUCCGACCAGCAGCGCCGCCGCGAGCUCGCCCUCCAGGCCCAGUCUGCUCGCCGCGCCGACGCCCAGGCACGCGCUCGCAGCCUCGCCAACUCCCUCCUCUCCCCGUCCUCUGCCGAGACACCACCGGAGCGCGAUCAUGAGCCCACCGUCGCCGACGUCGCCACGGCCGCUUCCAAGCUUCGCGGCUCCGACGCUCGCCGCUGGUUCGCCCGACAGAUCAUGCUCCCGGAGUGGAUGGCCGACGCCCCUCCCCACCUCGCCACCGACUGGCAUGUUUUCGCCAGACCUGCCGGGAAACGGUGCUUGGUCGUCUCCUGCAAUGGCAUCACUAUUAGCAGGCUCCGAAACGGAUCAAUUCUUCACCGAUUCCCUUCUGCUCUUCCGAAUGGAUCAAAGAGAGAUAUCUCUGGCCCAGCAAGUUCCUACUCCAUCCUUGAUUGCAUCUUUCAUGAGCCUGAUGAAACAUAUUAUAUCAUUGAUAUGAUCUCUUGGCGAGGCUAUUCCUUGUACAACUGUACUGCUGAGUUUAGGUUCUUUUGGGUAAACUCUAAGCUCACGGAGACUACUGCCGGUGAUCCUCCAUCAACAUACCAUCGCUACAGAUUCAGUGCUGUCCCUAUAUAUGAGUGCACACUUGAGGGUCUUCAAGCAGCAUACUCAGGAAGCACACCAUAUGUUAAAGAUGGCUUGCUGUUUUACAACAAGCACGCACAUUAUCAAGCUGGCAUCACACCCCUUGCACUGGUCUGGAAAGAUGAGGCUUGUAGUCAAUAUGUUAUUGACACAGAUAGCAAGGGACAAGUCCCAAAUGAGCAGCACGUUGUGCUCGAGCUGCAAGAGGAUGGAAAGCUCACUACUUCUGAUGAUCCUCCAGUUGUGUUUGGUAGCUUGGACAAUGAAUUCAUUCAGAAGUCAAAUCUUCGGCCAGGGAAUCUUCUUCGCUUUGCUGUCAGAGAUGAAAGAGUGAAACUUGUGGAUGGGAAGAUGGAGAUUAGUGAGCUGCAGUUUGUUGGAAAGCCCAACCGUGCUCGUGCUUUUGCUGACAGCCACUCGAAAGCUUUGUUUCAGUAUGCUGCUAGGCAUGCUCCUCUGAGAAUUGAAGAUCUUGUUGCCUCUAUUCAGUCAAACAAUAUGGAGCUUGAAUCUACAGAUGUCGAAAUGCAAGGUUGAGGUGAGGGAAUGAUUUACCACAUCAGAAUUCAUGUGCUAAUUUUACCUUACUAGAUUCAGUAAUGAUCUUCAUGCGGAAAAAAGAACAAUUGUAAAGUAUACGCGUAUGAAAUUGUCGUUCAAGGUUUGGAUGGAAUGGAAACUUGAUAGUAAUAGCUUGAGACCA